UUAAAGGGAAAAGUAAUGUGGAUUCAGGCAAAAGAUUUUCAAAUAAAAUUACCUUUCGGUCGUUUUAUUUAACAUAUGUGCUUUCAGUAUGUUUGCGAUAUCGCGUUCUGUCACAAUACAGCGUUUGUUUGCCUGAAACUUAAUUUCGGGUUAUUUUCUUAAUAUUUUAAAACGCUUACGCAAUCACAGAUUCCUUUCAUCCCCAUAGAUUAUAGAUUAUAACCAGUAGUACUAAAAAAAUGUCUACUGAAAGCGUGAAAACAUUUGCUAGUCUUGAAACACCUGGGUAUGUGGGAUUUGCAAAUUUACCCAAUCAAGUACAUAGAAAAUCGGUAAAGAAAGGAUUUGAAUUCACGCUAAUGGUUGUUGGAGAAUCUGGUCUUGGAAAAUCUACUUUAGUCAAUAGUUUGUUUCUUACUGAUUUAUAUCCAGAACGUGUAAUUCCUGAUGCUAUAGAAAAAACUAAUCAAACUGUAAAGCUUGAUGCUUCCACUGUGGAGAUUGAAGAGAGAGGUGUCAAACUUAGGUUGACUGUUGUUGAUACACCUGGUUAUGGAGAUGCAAUCGAUAAUACGGAUAGUUUUAGAGCUAUUAUACAAUAUAUAGAUGAUCAGUUUGAAAGAUUUUUACGUGAUGAAAGUGGCUUGAAUAGAAGAAAUAUAGUAGAUAACAGAAUACACUGCUGUUUCUAUUUUAUUUCUCCGUUUGGUCAUGGAUUGAAACCGCUGGAUAUUGAAUUUAUGAAACAACUUCAUAAUAAAGUCAAUAUUGUACCAGUAAUUGCUAAAGCUGAUGUACUUACAAAAAAGGAAGUCUUACGCUUAAAAAAGCGAGUUAUGGAAGAAAUUGAGGGCAGUGGUAUAAAAAUUUAUCCUCUGCCAGAUUGUGAUAGCGACGAAGACGAAGAUUACAAAGAACAAGUUAGACAGUUGAAAGAAGCUGUCCCGUUUGCAGUAUGUGGAGCAAACACUUUGUUAGAAGUAAAAGGACGUAAAGUGCGAGGACGAUUGUAUCCAUGGGGUGUCGUAGAAGUUGAAAACCCAGAUCAUUGUGAUUUCAUAAAGCUAAGGACAAUGUUAAUCACACACAUGCAGGAUUUACAGGAGGUAACACAAGAGGUACAUUAUGAAAAUUAUCGCAGCGAGAGAUUGGCAAAGGGAGCUCCUGUACCACCUCGCAGACAAACCAUUGUGGAAUCUGAAAAAACUAAUUCAGCAUCUGAGAAGGAUCGUAUCUUACAAGAAAAAGAAGCAGAAUUACGGCGCAUGCAAGAACUUUUGGCAGUCAUGCAGGCGCAAAUGCAACAGCAACAACCAUAA